AUGCUCGAUGAUAUUUUGGAUCUGCCGUUAUCAAACGCAGUCGUUAUAGGCUAUUUACAUGUGACUCUUCUAGGUCAUGCCAAAGCAAUAAUACUAUCCAUAUAUCGUCAGUUAAAGCCAAUACAACGUGAACAACUUAACAUUCAAUUAAGAAAUCAAAAUUUUCCUCACUUUUUUAAUAGAAAAAUAAGAUCGAUGGAUAAUUUUGCAUUUGUGAAAGGUGCAGAUGUUAGGAAUUUACUUUUUUACAGAUUAUUACCACACAUGAAUUUGUUAUUGUCAAGUGAACAAUAUGCCCAUCUUGUAUUAUAUGUUAUUGUUAUACGCUUGCUUCAUAGUGGCCAUAUAUUUGGUAACAAAACAAAUAAAAUUGCUGAUCGUAUCUUUUCUAGAUUUUAUGUAGAUCAUGAAUUGUUUUAUGAUAAGUUACAACCUCUUAAAUUGCAUCUACAUGCUCAUUAUUCAUAUAUGUAUGAAACACACGACUCAUUAUGCAAUUUAGGUUGUUUUGGCCAAGAAAGUUUCAUUGGAGCUAUAAGUAGUGAGCAUCACGGCACUCGCUAUUAUAGAGAUUCAAUAACUUAUUAUUAUAAUAUUGACCUUUGCAUUCAAAGAAAAAAAAUACGAAAGGCAACUAUCGAUGGACCUCAUGAUUUAUCUUUUACUACAACAAACGAUUAUGAUUAUAUGAACCAAAUUCAUUCUUCUUUAUGUAUGCGUAAUGAUUUGAGUUCAUGUUGUUUAAUUUAUCGUCAAUUUAUUAUGAAAAAUGAAAUAUUUCAUUCUUUAAUAUAUAAUAGAAGGCAAACUUCUGUUAGCUAUUUUGCACAAUAUUCAUUGGCUAAUGAUGCUAUCGAAUACCGCUUUGGCAUUAUUGAAUUAUUUUUUGUUUGUAAUAGUUUAAAAAAACGAUCAAUAAAACCAAAAACACAAUACUCACCAUCGAAUCCAACAACAGCAACCACUUAUCACUUGACCUUUGGCAAUGAUACGAAACAAAUGAUGAUCGUUGGUCAUUCAGGUAUUAAACGAUUUGUCAAUGAUAAUAAAGCAGUGCUGAAUGAUGGUCAUACAGCAAAAAUUAUUGCAUCAGUUUCAUCACCAAAACGCCCAAAUCAGGAAAAUCUUCCAAGUAAUUUAAUAACUCGUACAUUCGAUGAUCCAUCUUGUUUUCGUACCCAACGUCGUAGUUCAUUUUAUAGUUUUAAAGUAAGCUCACCAAUACCUUCUGAUGGCGAAGAAGUUAUCGAUGACGGUGAAGAAGUUUCAUUACGUCGUAUAAAUCAAGAAUUGCAAAAUACACAAGAACAUUUACGAGAUACACGAUCAGAGAAUCGUGAUACUCAUCAUUAA